CCCCUCUCCCCUACCUCUCUGUCUUUUCCUCUCUCUCAUACUAUAUAAAGUCCCUCUUCGUUUACCUCCCAACCUCUUCUUCUUCUUCUUCUUCUUCUUCUUCUUCUUCUCUCUUCUUCUUCUUCUCUCUACCAAGUUCUAAACUUUACAUCAUUCUAAGAAAUACCCACUUAGCAAAAUGACCUCUUUUUCAUCUCCCACUGCCCUUCUCCUCGUCACCAUUAUUCUCUUGUUCCACAUUGGCCUCUCCUCCUCUGCUUCCUCUUCCUCCUUGCUUGUAUCUCAGUCCCAAAAGAUGAAGCUUUCGAGCAAGAAAAACCUACUCUCUCCCACCAACAAAGAGGACAACAAACCGGUUUCAGCUUCCAAACUCCUCAAGAAAAAGCCCAUCUUGGAGAGCAAGAACCAAACCAAACUCCUCAAACCCAAGAAGAAGAACAACUCCACCACCACUACGACCAUCUCCUCGACCAACAUUUCCAAAAUCAAGCUCCCCAAGCUCAACAAAACCCUCACCGCGAAGCCCAAACCCUCCAACUCCACCAAACUCCCCAAGCUCAUCAAGCCCAUCAAGCCCGCCAAGUCGAAUUCCACCAAACUAACCAAAACCCAACUCAAAAAGCAGCUAAAUUCGACCUCCGAUGACGCCAAACCCCUCAAAAAGGUCAAAAACAUCCCCAGUCCCUCCCCCCCGAGGCCCAAACAACCCACCGAGGCGAAGCCGAAGCCGAAGCCGAAGCCGCCACCGAAGGAGGAGCACCCGGCGUGGCUGGACGAGACGGACGGCGAGGAUCUGAUCUCGGAGUUCCGCGGGCUCCCCGCGCGGCUCCAGGAGGCGCUGGUCCCGGACCUGGAGCGGCUGUCGAGCACCUCGAGGGCGUACCUCUCGGCGGCGAACGCGGGGAUCGCGGAGGGGGUGAGGCCGUACCUGGGCCACAAAUGGGCGCCCAGGAUCGCCCUCGCCGCGUCCGCGGCGUUCCUCGCGGCGCCCCUGCUCCUCCUGGGCGCGCUCCUCCGCCACCUGGGCUCCUGCCUCCCCCUCGUGCGCCGCCUCCUCGUCUUCGCCCAGGCCUACCUCGCCAUCUACUUCGCCACGCUCGCGGCCACGGCGCUCGCCACGGGCCUCGAGCCGCUGCGGCUCUUCUACGCGACGUCGCCGGGGGCCUACGCCUGGGCCCAGGCCGCGCAGUCGCUCGGCUACGUCGCCUACCUCGUGCUCCAGCUCGUCGACCUCGUCGCCGCGUUCCCCCCGCCUCCGCCGCCGCCGACGCCGCACUUCCCCGCCGCCGCCGCCGCCGAUGGGGCGGGGGGGAGGGCGUCGCCGGCGCCGGCGCUGGCGCAGAUGGUGGUGGGGCUCGCGGUGGGGCUGCACUACUACGCCGCGGUGUUCCACCGCGCGGUGGCGGGGGAGCCCCCGCGCGCCACGUGGCGCGUGCACGCGGUCUACGCCGCGUGCUUCCUCGUGAUCUGCGCUUUCGCGCGCGCCGAGCGCCGCAAGAAGGAGUACGUCUGCAUCGACGGGGGCGAGGACGGGAAGAAGAGCUAGACGCCGCCUCUCGGGGGGGCUAUUCUGGGAAAAGAAAGCCUAGAAAGGGGAAAUGACGGGUGUAAAACCGGAACGCCCUGAAGUUUUUCUUUUUUUGUGGGGGCAUAUUGGGAAGAUAAAAAAGGAACAAAAAAAAAAAAGAAAAAAAGAAGGAAAAAUAAGUUUUUAUAGAAGAGAAUGGGGAGGCAGCUGGAGAAUCCUGCUGGGGGCACGGAGAAAUUGGAAAUGGGUAGUGUUGAUUAAUAAUUUUUACUAUGUUUUUUUGCCUUUUACAGUUAUUUUUUGGGUUUUGAUUUUAAAUGUUACUGGGGAGGUAUAAACUGGGGAUUAUUAUUAUUAUGUGCAAUAAAUGGUGAAAACUUAAUUAAUUAAGUUUUACAAAAGAGGGAAUAAAAUAUACAGUAGUUGUUCUCCAUAAA